AUGCUGUGGCAUGAAGGCUGCAUCGGUAAACUUCGUCAAAUGGGAAUUCCUUUAGCGUAUACUGAGUGGAUUAAAGCCUGGCUUGAAAAUCGAAGAGGUUAUAUAGAAAUCAACGGUGAAAAAUCGAGAUGGUUUAACAUUGAAAAAGGUGGACCCCAAGGUGGAAUUUUAACCCCGACUGUUUUUAUUUCAUACCAUGCUGAUAUGCCUGAUUUUCUUUCAUGGUGUACAUCACACUUCUUUGCUGAUGACCUGGCGGCGAUACUAGCGGGUCAAAUUGGGAUAAAGUACUCUAAACAAUGUCUAGAUCUUGAGAAAAAGCUCAAAUUAUUCGUGGAUCAACUUGAAUACUAUUGUCUUCUCACGGUACAACCCAUUAAUUAUUCAAAAACGGAAGGGUUGUGGAGUGCUAGAGCUAUCGGCGUAGCGCCCUUUGAAAUAGAAAUAAAUAAAAAUAAAAUAAAAUGGAUAAAAGAAUUUAAGUACCUAGGGUACUGGAUAACACCUAAGCUCGGAUGGGAAAAGAUGAUGAAUAAAGCUAAGUUGAAAAUAAGACAGAGAUUAGCAAUGAUAAAUUCAUUUAGAUUUACAGGUAAGACGUCUGUUACACUAAGAAGAGCCCUGUUUAAUUCUUAUAUCUUACCACUUUUUACCUGGUUGUAUCCACUUUUUCCAUUUUUCUCUGAGAAUCAAUGCAAUGAACUCGGCCAUUUUUACUACACAUGUUUAAAAAGAAUAUUGUUCUGUCUAGGAUGGAGUGAUUUGUUCGUUGCGUAUGUGUUUAACGAGUUAUCUCUUAUGGAUAGAGGUGUUAGGUAUUGGAGUAAAUAUUUUAUAGCGUUAGCUGACUCAGUCGAUGGAGAAUUGCUUUUCGAACGCGCUUCGUUGAACGAGUUUAGACAGUCCUGGAGGCAGAGGGAGUUUUCAAUUAAAUGUUUGAGAGUUUCUAAGAGGUAUGUUGAGAAUGUUUCGGUCUUGGAGAAAUGUGUGAAGUGGACUGCUGACAAUUCCCCCACAAUCUCAAUCCCUUAUUAUGAGCUGGAAGAGAUAGAGCUCCUCCAAAACUUCCCAGAAUCGUUUCUCUAAUUAAGGUUGUGAAUUCCACGUUAAAAAAACAUUCUUGAUUGUACUAUCAGGCUUUUAUCUAUUCAUCUUCGUAUGUUCAAUAUACUUAUUCUUGCUGAUUAUUGUUCGUUUUAACUAUGUAUUUUUUUUCUCUCCUUCUCUCGUCAUGAUAUAUCUAUAUUUUUUUUCCCUCUUGUGAUUUCGUUGUUAUAUGUUCCUCCUACUACUUUUCGCUGUGUGUCCUUGUCUUACGAUACACUUCUU